AUGGGUAAACGCUUAAAGUCGAACGCCAGAAAGAGCGCCGUCAACAAGCUUGUCAAGAAGACAGAUAACAGAAUAAAAGAGGAACAACGAGUGAUUCGAACACCGAAAGAAGAUGAGCAAGCACUCAAAUUGGUUCAUGCCCCAAAAAUCUCGUCGGCAAUGUUCAUGAAGUACAACACACAGCUCGGCCCACCAUUCCACGUCAUCGUCGAUACGAAUUUCGUGAAUUUCGCCGUCAAAAAUCGAAUCGACAUGUUCCAAGGGCUGAUGGAUUGUCUGUACGCUAAAACCAUCGUCUACGCGACCGACUGUGUGCUCGCCGAGUUGGAGAAAGUCCGCAAGUUCAAAAUCGCGCUGAAAGUGCUGAAAGAUCCACGUGUGCAACGACUGAAGUGUGAGCACAAGGGAACGUAUGCUGAUGACUGUUUGGUGCAGAGAGUUACACAGCACAAAUGCUACAUCGUGGCCACUUGCGAUCGUGACCUCAAACGUCGCAUUCGCAAAAUCCCGGGAGUCCCCAUCAUGUACAUCGUCAAUCACCGAUUCUCAAUCGAGCGAAUGCCGGAUGCCUAUGGAGCGCCGAUGAACUAA